UUGAAUCCCUACAAAAUGAUAGAUACAAAUUAUUUACUGUCUCAGGCCUCAUUACUAUAUAACUGACCUGCUUCCAUUCUUCAUCCCAAACACAACAAUUCUAUCCUAGACUCCUGAGAUUAAGGUCUCCUUUCUUCACUUGUUCAAAGUUCUCUCUUAUUUACUCAAGUGAAUAAGCAUGAUCAAUCCCAAGAAACUCAUCACGAUGGCAAGGAAGUGGCAGAAGAUAGCUGCCAUGAAGAGGAAGAGAAUCUCUCUACCAAGAACAGAUGAGGUUUUGGAUGCUGAUGGUUGUAGUACAUCCGCAGUGGCAGAUAAAGGCCAUUUUGUUGUUUACAGUUCUGAUAAGAGACGCUUUGUGAUUCCGUUGGUGUAUCUCAACAAUGAAAUCUUCAGAGAGCUUUUGCAAAUGUCUGAGGAGGAGUUUGGAAUACAAAGUGAAGGCCCCAUCAUAUUGCCAUGUGAUUCAGUCUUCAUGGACUAUGUAAUCUCAUUCAUCCAACAUGGUGUAGCAAAAGAUUUGGAGAGAGCUUUGAUUAUGUCUAUAGCUUCCAGUAGCUGUUCUGCUUCUUCACACAUCCUUCAAGGAUACAACAAUGAACAAAUGCUCCUAUGUGCUUUCUGAAGCAAUUGUGCUCAAACUUUGUAAAUCAUCCACACAGUUUUAGUUUGGCUAUAUAGUAUAUACAUCAACAGAAUUUUCCAAGUAUUUGCUUUUCCCAGUAAAUUACAGCUUACUGCCUCCAAAUGGUAAACAAGGUUGUUGCAGCCGUAUAAGUAAAUAGUGCCAGGGCAAUGCUCCAUUACCGAACUUUUUUUUUCAUUAUGUAAGGGAAACCUCAUUGAUUUUUUUGAUAGGCAGGGGACCUUUUCUCCAAAUGGGAUUUUAAUAUAUCAAACCAGAACUUGU